AUGAUGCCCUCCACGGACGAGGCCGCCGGCACCACCGCCCGCGACGCCAUUUUCGACAUCCACCGCGCCCUCCACUCCCUCGCAUCCUCAUCCGGUCUCUCGCGCCUCCCCUCCCCCCAACCGCGCUAUCUCCGGCAGGCCUCGCUGCACCCGCUUUCGCGUCGCCCACUCGCCGCCGUGCGUCGCGAACUAGCCCUCUCCCUCGUCGCCCUUAAAGGUGCCGCCGCCGCCCGCGAAUCAUGGGAAUCGCCAAACCCCGAUCGCCUGCUCCAUGUCAAGCGAGACACCAUCCUCAAGACCCGCGUCAUCCAAGCCUCCAAGGCCGCCCUCGCCGAAUGCCGCCGUCUUGCCGCCACUCAGGACCCUUUCGCGACAAAGGACGAGCUCGCCAUUCAUAGCCUACGUGCAGUCGCCGUUGCUGCAAAUGCUAUCACGUCCGAGGAAGUUCCCGACCCCGCCUCUGCCACAGCCAAGCCGGUCGCCAAGCGCAUCUUGACCGUGUGUGGUGCAAAGUUUCUCGCCGAUUUUCAUUUCUUCGAUGCCCCGAACGACCAUGUCAAUGUCAAGGCCAAGUUUCGUCACCUCACCGCCGACGACGCCGAGCUCCCCGACUCGGACAUCGAUGCCGAUUUCGUCAAUCUCAUUCGCAACGCCGAUUACGACGCCAUCAAGUUUGCCUUUCACAACUUGAUUGCAAAGGAGACGCUCAGCGCCCGUGUGUCCCAGCACAUCUCCCUUAUUGAUGCCCUCAGAGGCUUCGAGGACGACCUCAUCAGCGCACAUCACGCAGAGGUCAAUGCCCCCGUGCCCUCCACCCCGAACACCCUUGACGCCGAUCCUGCCAGACGCGGCCAUGGUAUUGUUAAGCGCUCCGCCCGCGGUCUGCGUAUCACCUUCAUGAAGGGGCGCCACGCGCUACUUGGAGUCGAAGAUGGCAUUGCAAAUCGGUCCAUCGCCAUCACCCGUACUCAUCCCACGCUUACGUCGAAUGGCCGCUUCCAUUUCGAUCAACCCAAAAUGGCCACCCUCGCGGCUCAAUAUGUCCUUACAUUUGAAAACCCCGUCUUUGUCUGCCUUUCUGUCGCGCAAACGGUUGAGCGGCUUGCCGGUGUACCGCCACCACAACCGCCUGCUACCGCUACUGGCGGCAGCUCCGGAAGACCCUUGCAUGACAGAAACCAUCGAACAGACGGCCGCCCGGAAGAAGCUUCCGACAAGAAUACAUGCUUGCCAAGUCUGCAAGAGCUACUAGCCCCCGCUGUUUUUGGAGAAAGAGACGGCCUCAACGACGAAGAAAUGAGCAACCCCAAGAAAGAAGGACCAACUCCAGCAAGGGAGGUCGUCAAGAAAAAAACUCACUGGUCCCAACCGUCUACCGAGUUUAUUGCCGCUGCCGCACUCCCAAACAAGCAAUACAUUGAGUUCUCGCACAGUGGAAGCAACACCGUCCCGGGCCUUGCGAUUUGCAGAAUUCCCUUGUGCCACCCAAAGGACGUUCUUCCGGUUCUAGGUUUGAUAAGGCAACAAAUUGUUUUCAACGAGCUUUUCAGGAGCUGUUUUGGGUCUCCACUCUACACAAACCCAACUUUGAAACCUUUCCAACCACAGCCUGUUGAAGUAGUCCUCUGCGAUGCCCCGUCAUUCAUGCAAUUCAACCUGUACGACAGCGUGGUUCAAGAAAUUCUAAGCAUGGCCGUCACGAUCGAACUGGGAGGAGAUAUCUCUGUGUCUCUGCAGUCCUCAUCUGACAAAACGGACGCUUGCUCCGAUGCAAAGGCCACAGCAAUACUAGCAGUGAGCAGAAGCAUUCCUCUGGCGAUUUUGACGAUUCUCAAAAUACUUCGAGGCUAG